AGUAAUAUUUACAUUUUAUGUUACUUACUAGCAAGUAUAGAAUCUUUGAUCCAUGAUGGAGAGGCCUCCCGGUAAUGACGCUAUAUAAGCAGGAUGAGCCGACGACAGAAAUACGAAAGAGUGGAGCAGAUUGUGAAGGAAUUAGGGCUGGAGAGGUGCCGGCAUACAAAAAUAGGCGGCGGAUUCAUCAAAGGCAUAUCAGGAGGAGAAAGGAAGCGGACCAGCAUCGGACACGAAAUCCUGGUGGAUCCUUCACUGCUGUUGCUGGAUGAACCGACUUCAGGGCUCGACUCAACGUCCGCCAAUAGGCUGCUGCAGAUUCUUCAAGGCCUCGCAAAGUCUGGCAGGACUAUUAUCACAACCAUCCAUCAGCCAUCCAGCCGAAUCUUUCACAUGUUCGACAAAGUUCUGCUUCUCUCUGAAGGCCAUCCCGUCUACUAUGGCAAGGCGCGCCACUCCAUUCAAUACUUCUCAUGCUUGAGCUUUGUUCCUGAGAUCGCCAUGAACCCUGCCGAGUUUCUGUUAGAUCUAGCUACCGGCCAACUCAACGACAUCACUGUUCCCGACCACCUCUUUGCAUCACGCGACACUCCUAACUUUGAAAAACUGGUCAUCAAAUAUCUGCAGCACAAAUACAAAGCGGAGGUGGAGCCGAAAGAGAAGGAGGAGAAUCACCAGACGCCAAAGGCGCCUGAGGGGCUCCAGCUAGCCAUCAAGGUUAAGAAAGAGUGGACAUUGUCUUGGUUUGAGCAGUUCGGGAUCGUGUUCAGGCGUACAUUCAAGGAACGGUGGAGGGAUUACUUCGAUCUGAUCCGGCUGAUUCAGGCGUUCGGGGUGGCCAUUCUGUUAGGCCUUCUGUGGUGGAAAUCAAGCGCAGAAACAGAGGCCAAGCUCAGAGAUCAGGUAGAUGUAGUAGUAAAUAGUACCUCCACAUCGGUGAGACCCCGCCACACACCUAUUCAAAAGUGCACUGCGGCAAUCCGGCAGUUGGCCUACGGAGGCGCGGCAGACAUGUGGGACGAGUACCUCCACAUCGGUGAGACGACUUCCCUGGAAUGUAUGAAGUAUUUCUGUGAGGGUGUGAUUGAAAUAUUUAGUGAUAAGUACCUUCGUUAA